AUGCAAACUUUUAUGCCUUUCCAUCGCAUAUUGAGCAAUACAGCCUCACCACAUCCAAGUCUCUCAAACAGCAAAGGAACCUGGUAUCAAAGUAAACAACCAAAGCGGCGGUCAGGCAUACUGACUGCCGCCUCUGAGCAAUCUCACCACACACACAGCCCUUGCCACCCCCAAAUUUCCUCGUUCAAACCACUUUGGCCAUGUCGAUCUAACGGCAUCGACUCACCGCAACAACUGAGGUGGCAGUCAGUGCAACUGACCGCCACCUCUGACCCCACACACAGCUCUUCUCUGCCCUCCCCAUUCUCAAAUCACCUUGUUUCAAUCACUUCGACCAUUUUGGACAUCAACACAUGA